AUGGCGUUCAUCACCGCCAACUGGAACCCUUUAGGGGAAGCCUUUUACCGGUCAGUUCAUCCGUGUUUACCGGUGAUAAGACAGCUAACAGUGAACGGGUGUGACGCUGCUGCUCGGUGUUAGCUUGUCAGGCUAAUCACAUGACACGGCUAGUUCAAGCCUAACGUUAUUCAUUCAUUUUAAAGUAGUAUUAAAGAGGGACUGAAGUUUACUGUGUGUGUUUGCUUGUUUGCAGUAAAACAGAGCUGUAUGAGAUGUGCUGGAACCUGAGGGAUGGACUCAGAGACUCUCUGGUGGCUACAGCCCCUUAUGGAGGACCUAUAGGUACAGAUAUAUUCAUGACACUAUGAUGAUGUUUCCUUAUGGAGGACCUAUAGGUACAGAUAUAUGUAUGAAACUAUGAUGAUGUUUCCUUAUGGAGGACCUGUAGGUACAGAUAUAUUUAUGAAGACAUGAUGAUCUUUGAGUUUGUUUGAAGGUUUUAGAGAAUUAACCCUCUCCGUUUGUGUCAGCUCUCCUCAGAGAACCUCACAGACGAUCUCCAAGUUCUCGUCCUCAGUUGGAGAUUUAUUUUUCGUCUGGCGUGUCCGUGGCGAGUUUCCCGGUGAGUCUUGUCCUCGUUAAAGGGAUAUUCCAGCGUAAAAUUAAGUUAGGGUCAAACACACAAUAACACCGAGUUAGACGCAAAUAAUGCUCAGAACAGCACCUAACUUCCCAGCCAUAGUACUAGCCACCAAAUAUCUUUUUAACUUUGCCUGAUUUCUUUAGCAAGGGGGCUAAACACAACUCACCUACUCUCUUCCAGCAGCUGUUUGUUUGUAGCGUGACCUCAGGCCAGUCUAUUACUGACUACAGCGGGGUGACGCAGCUCAAGGAAGAACAUUUAUGAUCAUUUCUUUAUCAUUUUCUUGUGGCUAUAGAGUGGCGUUUUGGUUGAGGUUUGUUUAUGGCUCCUCAAACUGUUGUGUAUUGCUAUCCUGCGGUCGUUACUAAAGCUGGUAUAACUAGAGAAGCAAGCUGUUGACAACAUUCAUCUCUCGAUGGGGUGUCUAACUCGGUGUUCCGAUGUGUUUGACCCUUAACUUAAUAUCCCUUUAACUUGCUGUCUGUCUCUCAGUGGAAGAGCGGCCCUGUGGUCCAUCUCGGUUGGACUGUAAGUGACGAGCUGUUGUGUAUCCAAGAGGACGGCUCGGUCCUGAUCUACGAUCUCUUCGGGUCCUUCAAGAGACACUUCAACAUGGGCUUGGUUAGUACCUAUGAACAAGUUCACUGACUCUCUGGUUGAGUUUGGCCUGAGACAGUUUCUCUCGUUUUUCAUCAGGAAGUGGUCCAGAGUCAAGUGUUAGAAGCCAAGGUGUUCCACUCUCCCUAUGGGACAGGUAUCGCCAUAGUUACAGGCUCCUCCCGUUUCACCUUAGCGACCAACAUUGAAGACCUGAAGCUGCGCAGGCUGCCUGAAGUCCCAGGUAAUGCAGGACUCACCAAAUCUGACUCUUUUAAGAUUCAGCUCCCAGAUACUGACCCGUCUGUCUGCAGGUCUUCAGGGGAAGCCGUCCUCCUGGCUCGUUCUCUCACAGGACAGACAGACUAAAGUCCUCCUCUCCGUCGGUCCUGAUCUCUUUAUCCUGGACAACACGGCGUGUACGGCUGUGGUGAGUCAUUCAGCGAGAAUGAGAGAGAAAAUAGUUACAAAAAUAGGUAGGACACCUGAUCACCCUCACCUGUCUGUGCCUGCAGGUCCCUCCAGGUCUCAGCCCUCAGGCGGGAAAUAUCAUCCAGAUGUCAGUGUCUUUCAGCUACAAAUACCUGGCCCUCUUCACGGAUACGGGACACUUGUGGACAGGUUCCUCCAACCUUCAGGUGAGCUGCUUCCCUGUUCAAUCAGGUGUUUGUUUUAACCUGAGAGGGCGGGAUCUGUGUGGAUGAUUGACAGGUGGUUUUCUGUCUGUAGGACAAACUGAGCGAAGUCGAAACCAAGAAGUCAACUCCUCCCAGACAGAUGGUUUGGUAUGUACACCUGUCCGUCUACCUCUCUGUAGUGAUGGACAAAUGAAGCUCUCUGAAGCUCUACUCGAAGCUUCAUUCAGUGCUCACUAACCCCAUCUGUUGCCAGAGUUAAACUGUGACAGCUGAGUCAUUCAGAGAGAUUUCAAAUGUUUUCACGGUGAAAGAAAAUGAAUGGAUAGAUAUUAUCACAGUAUAGAAUAGUGUUUAAUCCCCGACAAUAACUAUAAAGUCUGUAGUGUUUGAUAUAACUCUGCUCUCCCUCUUUAUUCCUUGUAAAUAUUUCCUAUCUGUUUGAUUGUUAUUUUGGUUUGUGCUCUUCAUGGCUAUCAGUGUUCAUUAUUUAUUAAACACAUUAAGUGGUGUUGUGUGUUAGAAGUGCAGUGCUUGGGUAACAGUACAGUAUGUUGGGAGGGGAGCAGGGAGUGGAAGUAAUCAUUUCUUCUCUUUCUUGCUCGCCACAUUAAACUACUCCUACUACUUCCACUACUUACCGUAUUUUUCGCACUAUAGGGGCACUUGAUUAUAAAGCGCACUAAGCCGAACAAAGUACUCAGACAAGCCAUCAGGCUGUGCGGCUUUGUAGUUUACCGAAGUCACAAUAAAAAAUGUUGACAGAUUUUUGAGCGCUGUGUACAACAUAAAAUCGGUUCGAGGUCAGUAAGCACAACCAGAAUUCAUACAUAAGGCACACUGAGGAUUUUUGAGAAAAGUAAAGGAUCUUAAGUGCGCCCUAUAGUGAGAAAAAUAUGGUACCUUUUUUUUUUAAACCAAAUCAUGUCAAGCAUUUAAGUCUGGUGGUGUUUAUGUUUCAUCUCUUUGUACAGAUUUUUUUAAUUCAAUUUUUAAAUUCAGACUGGUUUAUGUUCAAGUCCUUUUUUCUGUGAAGCUCCGUUUUCAAAAGUUAUUAGGGGGUUCAUGUUUUCUAUGAUUGACAUUUGAUACAGCCUAUGGGCAUUCAGGGAUUGCGUAGCUCACCUGGGGGAUACGCUGUUUGAGCCGAGCGUCAUCACAGCGACUCUUGGCGACUCUCCCGCCAAAUGUGUUUUCCAUAGUACAUACAGUCUAUGGUCCCAUCACUACCUGUCUGUGUGCACACCUGUGUACGUAAGUAUUUCUGUCUCAUUAACCUUACCCUAUCUCUUUACCUGACCAGGUGUCGCAGACCAAAGAGUCAGCAGCCCUCUGUGGUACUGAUGUGGGACAAACUGCUCAUGGUGGCCGGAGUCUGCCAGGACACCAUCCAGUAUCCUUAAAAUGAGACCUGAACCACGUCAGACUGGAUCAUUGGACUGGACUGGACCCUAAUUUCUUUAUACUUGAUGUAAAUGUUUUUAAUUCUGAUCCAAACCAGUUCAAACUGAAAAAGUACCAGAUCAGACCAGAUCUUUACUGGUUCAGAAAGGAUCGAAGCCAGUUUAAACCCAAACUAUUGAACAGUUCGGUUCCUUGUUCAGAUUCUCAUGUUGCUAAGAAACAGUAUCUCAUUGACCCUUGACCGUUGACUCCAGGUUCCCUAUUGAGGAUCCGUGUGUUUUAGUUGGAGAGCUGGACGGGGUCCGGAUCAUCAGCUCGUCCAGUCAGGAGCUGCUUCAGGAGGUCCCUUUGGUCUGCCAGGACAUCUUCAAGAUCGCCUCCAUGGCUCCUGGAGCUCUGCUGCUGGAGGCCCACAGAGAGUACGAGGUAACACACCUGUCCGCCUGAACACCUGAGUGUCUCAUCAGCCGUCUGAUUGGCUGAACGCUUGUCUGUCUCCGUCUCUCUCUGCAGAAGUCCAGUCAGAAAGCUGACGAGUACCUGAGGGAGAUCAAGGAGCAAAGCAUGCUGGGAGAGGCAGUGAGACAGUGUGUAGAAGCAGCAGGACAUGAGUAUGACUCCAAUACCCAGAAAUCCCUGCUGCGGGUGAGAGCACAACUUUUAUAGUCACUGUGUAUUCAUGGGCUAAUGGUGCAUUCAAGGAAGUCAGAAGUGCUCGCUGAAAAUGACAUCACACCAGAGUUACCAGCGUUUCAGUUACCAAGCCGGAAAAAAGCAAAAUCGGAGGCGGAAACAAAAUGGCUACAUCUACAAAAGUUAUUUUGUCUUUUCCGAACAUAAGGCAAGCGCUAAAAUAACUUUCGUAGAUGUAGCCAUCUUGUUUCAGGCCUCCGAUUUCGCUCUUUUCCGACUUGGUAACUGAUACGCUGGUAACUCGGGUGUGACGUCAAUUUCAGCUCAAAAUUCUGACUUCUGAUGUAACUCGAACACAGCACAAAUCCUGGUAAUCUCAGGUGUUUUUUUCGGUGCAACAGCUGAUCGUUUUCUCUCCACCAGGCGGCGUCGUUCGGGAAGUGUUUCCUCACUGACUUCAACCCGGAUGUUUUUGUGGCGACCUGCAGAGAACUCCGAGUCCUGAACGCCGUCAGAGAGAGCGCCGUGGGGCUGCCGCUCACAUUCACUCAGUAUCCUCCUCACCGGGUGCAUUAUGGGAAAUGUAGUCAGCAUACAUCUCAGUUCAUUUCAGAUCAUGUCUGUGGCGAUAAGCCCCUUAACCUCUGACAUCAGAUUCAAACAGAUGACCCUGCAGGUGCUAAUUGACAGGUGAGUAACCCCCUCCCCGCUGAUCCUGUUUGUUUUUCCGCACCUGUCCGUCUCUCACCUGUCCGUCUCCAUCCUCCAGACUUGUGUACAGACAGUUUUACCCGUUAGCGAUAGAGAUCUGUCGUUACCUGAAGAUUCCUGACUACCAGGGCGUCAGCAGGGUGCUCAAACACUGGGCGUCCUGUAAGGUAAGCUGUCUCACCUGUCUCCGACUUCGAAAUCGUGCUUUACCUGUGUAGUGAUUUGAAAUGAGCCUCAUACGGUCGCACCAAAAUAUAUGUAGCGAUUUGAAAUGAGCCUCACAAGGCCGCACCAAAAUAAUACUGCAGCGAUUGGAAUUUAUAAUAAAUGUCUGAAGAUUAAUAAUCUCAAAUUAUGACAUUUAUGCACUCGUUAAAAGGGGCACCACCCACCCUUAAUGGUGGGAAAAUAAAGAAAACAAAAGUUUAAUUCAGAAAUCAAACAUCAAGUCAGUUUUAAUUAAUCAGUCUUAAUUAAUCAGUCUCAUAUCUUAAGUCGAAAUUCUAAUUUCAGGGACUCCACUUCUGGAAGAACACUAACAGACCAGAACUUAGAAAAAUAAUUAUCUGUUUAUUACAGGAUAAAUGAUGGUACAACACACAUGCAAUAAAUGAUGAUAAGAUAAUGAAGAUAAAUAAUAAUAGGUGAAUAAAUAAAGAUUCUGAGUCAGGCUAGGAGCACUAAAGUUAAUGAUAGUGAGUGAAUAUGCGCUAACAUAUUAACCUACACUAACUUUGGUGUCGAGAUAAACUCGGGUGUAGAUUUGGAGGAAUCUAAGAUCACCAGAAAUAGGUGGAUAUCUGAGUUAUGAACGCGUGAGACAGCAUCAGCCCUGUCUGGAGCUCUGGAGGUUUGCAUACUUAAGUGAGACUGGUCCUUGGAGAAGAUGGAGCAGGUUCCGAAGGUCCGGGGCUACUGGCGGUUCGAGCGGUUCAGCUCAGAAGACGACUGAAGUCAGCCAAAGGAUGAGCCAGGAGUUGCAGCACUCGGGCCCGAAGCAAAGCCAGCGCCUGUGGAUCCUGUGGAUGCUCGUUUGGGUACUUCUUUGGUCUCACUCAAAAACUCUAGCACAGAGGAUGACCUGGGCCUGCUGGGUUGCGUUCAGAGGUGACUUUGAAAUCACGCAGAAAACUCAGAAAAACGAGGCUCGAAGAGCAGAGAAAACUUUCAAAAAUGGCUUCGCGAAAUUAAAGAAAAAUCAAUCAAAGGCUUAAUCUUGAAUUGCUAUGCGCACAAAAAGUUGAAGUUUCAAAACUUGAACUAAGACGAUGUUAAAGAAAAAUCAACGUGAAUCAACACGUGGCGUAAAACUUAGAAGACUAAGAAAAAGUUCUAAGAGAAAACAAAGAAACGCACCACAGAAGGGUGUGGACAGAAGAGAAGGGGCAUAAGAGCCGGGGACAAGAGAGUCAGCAGAAGAGCAGAAGCAUAAGAGAGAUAAGAGAUAAGAGAUUGAGCAACCCCACUCCACUGGUUUUAUCUUCUCACACUGGGAGUGUCUGAGGAGAAAAAGGAGGGGUCAUCGGGUCUCUGAUUAUUUGAUCUAACUUAUUCUUUUGGCUGGUAAAAGAGUCAGAUCUGAUACUCACUCACUAUGAUUAAUAUCAUUGAAUGCUUGGUUUCAUGAUAAAUAAUUUGAUACUAAACACAUAUGAAUGAAGUGUAGGAUCACAUCAAACAUUCUCAUUAUGUUUUAAGUAUCACAUUGAACAUGCUAAAUUACUCUGAAAUGAAACAGAUAGUAACACAUAGAAACUGUGAACAACAAAAGAGUAAACACAUGUGAAUGAACGUCAUCAUGAUUAAUAAUGGAUUCUAAAUACUCACAUUCAGAUUAUUCAGUGACAUUAUAACCACCUAAUGGUUAAGAUACUAAAUAAAUAACUAAAAUAUAAACCAAACAUUUCUAAACUAUUUCUGUUACUUAGAGUAAACUUAGGAUUCAUAGUCAAUAAAUUUAACUCUUAAAAGUUCAUGAAACAGUCUGAAAAGCUGUUGGUCUAAAGAACUAAAGAAUAAGGAUUUAUUCUGUCAGAUAAGAUAACUUGGCUUCUGAAGCACAUAGAAAAACGGGAAACAUCUCAUUUUAACACAAAUUUCAUGAUUAGACAGAUUAGUACAUUGCUGAAUGCAUAAGAUGUCAUGAUCAGUCAUUUGUAUUCUUUCACCAAAGGAAUGCAGUCUUUAUCAGUGUAUGGUCGAGCAGGGUUUUACGACCGAGGUCUGGAGGUCAGUGUCCCCCCUUAUCCUGGGGUCCGUAUGUUCACACACUUUAAGACGCUAAAUCUCAAAUGGGAGAUCUGGGUUGAGACGUUAAUGUUUAUUUAGAUGGUCAGUAAUGGAGUCAGUUUGAAAGGUAAUAAAAACUCUGUCUCUGUUCGCCGAACUGACCAAUCCUGAAGAGUCAGAGGUUUAGUCAACCUAUGGUUGGGUCACUUAUUUAACCUGAAAGUGCAAACACGUCUGGAAAGAUUUAUAUCCUGUUUCCUGGGACCAGAUAAGGAAACUUUCCUGUAAGGAAUGUGUGGGUUUCACAUCCAGGGUUGUCUUGAUUGCUACAGUCCCCCCUUCGUCACGGUGGUCCUGUCCAUGGAGCAUCGGGACGACGAGUAGACAACCAUGAAGCAGCAGCAGGUGUAUGCAAAUAGGACUGAUGCGUCUCGUCAUCACUAUGUGAAUCACUAGUACUGCUUUGAGAUAAAAUUAAGCAUGCAUUAAGCUAUCAAAUAAAAUCGUCUAGGUGUUAGACUUUUCUCAGUUAACUAUUGGUAGACUAAUGUGAAAGAAAAUCUCCUAAUUUUUAGUAUUAAUGAGAUUUAGAAAAGCACUCUUUAGUCUGAAUGCUAACCGGAUCUAAAGCUAUAGCUGUUUUUCAUGCUUGCUGGAGAAGUCUGAAAGUUCAAUUUCAGUUUCAAAAAUGGUUAAGACUUAGGUGGAAAAGAAAUGUCUGCUAUAGACAUAUUAACCAUCUGUGUAUGAGCAUAGUCAACCUGAAUCACAAACAUCAAAAGUUUACUGCACAGAGUUUCUCUUAAACUUUGUCUGUUAAACCUGGGGAUGAUGCUCUUAUCGGUUUGACUAAUUAUCUGCUGUUGAGUCUGAAAUUUGUCAAUCUGAGUCUUAGUGACAGAAAUUUCAGCUUUUAAUCUAUUCAUGGGAUAUUUGACAGCUGACAAGCUGACUAUAUUGACAGAGGAGAGACAAAUGCUAACAAAGAAAGCAGCAACUGGUAUUGCAGUCAUCAAUGUAUCACCACAGCAUUUGGAUAUCUUAUUGGAGUCAUUUAGCUUUGGCUAGGUGACUUCUGCUUUCGCAGGACUCACACCUUCAUGACUCCACAGUGUGUUAAUCUCAGUGGUUAGCUGAGUUGUCAUGUUUAUUCACCUUCGAAGUGGAUGAAACCGAUUGAGGUGGAUAAUAAGAUCGUCGUUUCUGAGAGUGUAAUUUACUCUGAUUCUGCCAGUCAUUCACCCCCCUUUGGCAGUGUUGAUGGUUUUUCCUUUGUCUGGGAUAAAACCCACCGUGACGGGAGUCUGAAUAACAACAGUUGGUCUCAAAGUUUACCUGGCAUUGGUCUGUGUCAGACCUGGGCCUUGGUAUGUAACUUUGACCUUUGUGAGUUUGUUGAGGUCGAAAAGGUUUUGGAGGCCUGGUUAACCACUCAUUUGGAGGCUUAUCGGAGCCUGAAAAUACACAAUCUGAAGCUUCGUUCAGCUCCAUGGGCAGUGAUUUUGUCUCCAUAGCCAACAGAGUAACAGGCUCUGCUUUCUUAGCCAAAGUUUGUCGUUGUUUGGCAAAACCUUUUACAGCAAGUUCACGAAGCUGUCGGCUAGUCAAAGUGUUUGGACAAGCUAAGACGCCAAGGUGAUGACUGGUGGUAGGGUGGAGGUUCUGGACGAACAGCGUUUUGAAGUUCAAGUCCUCCUCCAUUUCUGGUUCAUUUCGGAAACCAAAGUAAGCUUCGCGUAAGCGGUUGUAAUAAUGUUGGGGAGGUUCUGAUCUCCCUUGUUUAAUAGACAGAGCAGCAGAGAGGCCUGUCUGGGUCAAAUAGUCAGAAAACUCUUCAAUUAAUGCUUGGCAGAGCAAGUCAUAAUUAUUUCUGACAUGAUAAGGCUGUCGUUCAAGGAAACUGCUAACCUCUCGACUUGACGUCGCCUUAAUAAGGUAGAUUUUGUCAUCAACGGUUGCACCUGGAAAUUUCCUCAGGUAAAAGUCAAUGUCUUUCAAGUAGGUGCAGGUGUCAGUAGCACCUUGGUGCUCAGGUUCAAAGCAUGCUAUGAUGCGAGCAAUUUUGUCAAGAUCCCUGUCUGAGGGAAAUGGUAAGAAGCCAUCAUGAGGAGGAGAGUAGGACUCUUGGUUUAAGGAUGACCUCUCAGGGUCAAGCAGGGUCCUGUCAUGAUGCUGAGAGAGAUACUUAAGAGUUGGUUUGGAAGGAAGUGAUGGCGCUCUCUCAGGAGGCUGAUCACCUAUCAUUUCUUCAAGAAACGUUUGCUCCAUACGUUCUCUUUGGGCUCGACCUGACUGGAGGGAGCAUUGUAACUCUCUUUGGGCAUCUUCAAGUUCUUUGUCUGUCUUUUCUCGCUGUUCUUGACAAAGAAUUAACUGUCUUUGAGCUAUCUGGAGCUGGUGCUGUAAGGUAGAAGUUUGCUUCUCCUUAACUUCAAGAGCUUCAGCACGCACUUUGACCAGUGCUUUCAAAGCUUCUACAUCUUCUGUUGCUUGCUCUAGUAGGGAUUCGGACUGUAUCAGAUCCUCUAUGGUCUUAGCAAGCUGCUUAUUCGUGUCAUCAAGUUCUUUCUCCUUUUUGUAAAGGGUUUCAUUAAGUCUUUCAAUCUUGUCUUUGAGAUCAAGAUUUUCUUCAUGACUUAUUAGUGAGGGAAGCUUUGACGCUUCACAUCUGGCACUGUGUUUUUCUAAAACACUUAGAGACUUCUUAGUCUCUUCUAGCGUCUUUUUCAGAGCGCUAUUUUCGUCUUUUUGCGCCUUUAUCUUUGCUAAAGCGCAUUCCAGCAAGUAGUCUUUAUACUCAAGCUGAGAAGACAUCACGACAGACAUGCAUCUAGUGAGCUCUUUGUCACGAAGUGUCGUGGUUAAGGCUGUUUCCAGUAGGUCAGCCAUUGCAUCCUCCGGAUUGGAGGGUUCGGCCUUUUGAAUCUUAGUCAUGUACUGAGGUAUCAGCUGACUAGUCAAGUUUGCCAACACUGUGUGUAUGUCCCUCAGGGGGUCUCCCUGGCUGGACUCUUUUGUGUUAGGCAUGUUUGGUUUUGGUAAAGAGGUGCAGGUGGUUGGUUGAUGAGUUUGAGUUGACUUAAAAUUAAAGGAAGAAGCAAAAUAUCAAAUUAAGUGGGUUAAUCGACUUAAUUUAUCAGUGCUUGAUAAAGAGGAAGAGCCUAUCUGAGUAGAUCUCUAAUGGAGAGAAAAAUAACAUAAAGUUAAAUUCAUUUCAAUGAAAAUUGAAAUAAAACAAGGUGAAAUAAUGUUAAAUUAAAUUUAACAUCAGAUACAUAACCAUUGAAUAAAGGGCUCAAUUUGUCUCCGUGUUGCAGAGAUCAGCAAAGCUUAAAUAAACUGCCUGAUGCAGUUGGAUGAAUCUGAAACCAAUGAAAUUGUCAAUUUAAGGAAUUAACUCUAAAGUUAAUUCACAAAUUGCAAUAAAUCCAAAGAUUCAACUACCAAAUCUAUCUGGAAUGUUAAAAGAAAUUUCAAAUAUUAAUUAAUUUGUUCAUUAAUUAAUUAAUCUUAUGAGUAGGGUUAAUACAUUCAUGUAUUAUAGGGAACAGUAAAACUGCUCACUGGUGUGAUAAGUAACAACAGAUCAGGUGAUUGAUUCAAGGAGUUACUUCAUCAAUACAUCAAAAUCAAUGAUCAGUGAUUUAGAAUAAGCACAUCAAACUUCAUCAACCAAGUCAAUCACUUGAAUUAUGUCUGUAGAGUGUUACACACUGACUACAGGGAGGCAGUACAGCUGGCUGAUACUGCAGGCAGAUAAUAGCAGUGUUAGCUCAAUACCAAAAGCAACCAUGUGGGGCAGUAUGGAGUUGGGAUAACUGCACAAGCACAACACAAGUGGAGAAGAAGAAGAAAAGAGGAAACAGUCAUCCAACUAGCCUCUUGUGGCUGUGUGAAGUUGGGAAGUAUGAAGGAAGGGGCCUUUAGGCUCUGCCUCCUUCAAGGGCCUUAUCUGCUUAAGGCCAAAUGGUCAGUCUCUCCACUGACAACAAAGGGUUAACAUUUCACAGCAGCUGUGUCUGCACCCUCAAACAUAGAACUUUACACCAUCUGCUCAGGCAGAUUGGUUCAAUAAAAUCAUUUACAGGAACAAGAAUCAAAGUGACAAAUUCUUAAACAGCAGAUUCAACUGCAGACUUUAAAAUCACAAAUGCGGCGAUUCGUGAUCACGGAUUUUGUCUGAAUUCAAUCAAACAACAACCUCCCACUGUUACAGUGGUUUCCUGUGACAGGUAGCUAAUCUGUCAGAGGAAAGGAGGAAAUCUGAAUCCCAUAUAGUUACUAGAACUUCAUAGCAGACUGUAGAGACAAGAAUCAAAGUGACAAAUCCCUCAACAGCAGAUUCAACUGCAGACUUUAAAAUCACAAAUGCAGCGAUUUGUGAACACAAAUUUUGUCUGAAUUCGAUCAAACAACAACCUCCCACUGUUACAGUGGUUUCCUGUGACAGGUAGCUAAUCUGUCAGGGGAAAGGAGGAAAUCUGAAUCCCAUAUAGUUACUAGAACCUCGUAGCAGACUACAGAGACUUCAGGGGCUUGAAACCACAGCUCGGAGCAUCGCGAACACUGGGUUCAGCCAAAGGCCUUAAAUACGAGCGUACGGCGACGCAACAAUCGUGCACUUAAAUAUUGGACAGUCUAGACAGAGCAGAAGAAGCAGUCUCACUGCUACUCAGAACAACAUUUCACGCUGUCCAGCUCAAACACAGACUACAGGCAUGUAGUACAAAAGUGUGUGAAACACAGGGCAUAAAGGUUUUAUGCAUAGAUCAGGAAAACAUCAGAACUUAGUCAAGCAACUUCAGCAAGCAUAGCAUUGAUUGUGAUUAAGUCUAAAACAGCCUGAAAAUAAGUUUCUCUCAUCAAUUUGGAAGGCUAAGUUUUAGGUUGUCUGUUAGUAUCCAGAAGUUUUGUUUGAAACGCCUCACGCAGGGGCACCAAAAUAUAUGUAGUGAUUUGAAAUGAGCCUCAUACGGUCGCACCAAAAUAUAUGUAGCGAUUUGAAAUGAGCCUCACAAGGCCGCACCAAAAUAAUACUGCAGCGAUUGGAAUUUAUAAUAAAUGUCUGAAGAUUAAUAAUCUCAAAUUAUGACAUUUAUGCACUCGUUAAAAGGGGCACCACCCACCCUUAAUGGUGGGAAAAUAAAGAAAACAAAAGUUUAAUUCAGAAAUCAAACAUCAAGUCAGUUUUAAUUAAUCAGUCUUAAUUAAUCAGUCUCAUGUCUUAAGUCGAAAUUCUAAUUUCAGGGACUCCACUUCUGGAAGAACACUAACAGACCAGAACUUAGAAAAAUAAUUAUCUGUUUAUUACAGGAUAAAUGAUGGUACAACACACAUGCAAUAAAUGAUGAUAAGAUAAUGAAGAUAAAUAAUAAUAGGUGAAUAAAUCAAGAUUCUGAGUCAGGCUAGGAGCACUAAAGUUAAUGAUAGUGAGUGAAUAUGCGCUAACAUAUUAACCUACACUAACUUUGGUGUCGAGAUAAACUCGGGUGUAGAUUUGGAGGAAUCUAAGAUCACCAGAAAUAGGUGGAUAUCUGAGUUAUGAACGCGUGAGACAGCAUCAGCCCUGUCUGGAGCUCUGGAGGUUUGCAUACUUAAGUGAGACUGGUCCUUGGAGAAGAUGGAGCAGGUUCCGAAGGUCCGGGGCUACUGGCGGUUCGAGCGGUUCAGCUCAGAAGACGACUGAAGUCAGCCGAAGGAUGAGCCAGGAGUUGCAGCACUCGGGCCCGAAGCAAAGCCAGCGCCUGUGGAUCCUGUGGAUGCUCGUUUGGGUACUUCUUUGGUCUCACUCAAAAACUCUAGCACAGAGGAUGACCUGGGCCUGCUGGGUUGCGUUCAGAGGUGACUUUGAAAUCACGCAGAAAACUCAGAAAAACGAGGCUCGAAGAGCAGAGAAAACUUUCAAAAAUGGCUUCGCGAAAUUAAAGAAAAAUCAAUCAAAGGCUUAAUCUUGAAUUGCUAUGCGCACAAAAAGUUGAAGUUUCAAAACUUGAACUAAGACGAUGUUAAAGAAAAAUCAACGUGAAUCAACACGUGGCGUAAAACUUAGAAGACUAAGAAAAAGUUCUAAGAGAAAACAAAGAAACGCACCACAGAAGGGUGUGGACAGAAGAGAAGGGGCAUAAGAGCCGGGGACAAGAGAGUCAGCAGAAGAGCAGAAGCAUAAGAGAGAUAAGAGAUAAGAGAUUGAGCAACCCCACUCCACUGGUUUUAUCUUCUCACACUGGGAGUGUCUGAGGAGAAAAAGGAGGGGUCAUCGGGUCUCUGAUUAUUUGAUCUAACUUAUUCUUUUGGCUGGUAAAAGAGUCAGAUCUGAUACUCACUCACUAUGAUUAAUAUCAUUGAAUGCUUGGUUUCAUGAUAAAUAAUUUGAUACUAAACACAUAUGAAUGAAGUGUAGGAUCACAUCAAACAUUCUCAUUAUGUUUUAAGUAUCACAUUGAACAUGCUAAAUUACUCUGAAAUGAAACAGAUAGUAACACAUAGAAACUGUGAACAACAAAAGAGUAAACACAUGUGAAUGAACGUCAUCAUGAUUAAUAAUGGAUUCUAAAUACUCACAUUCAGAUUAUUCAGUGACAUUAUAACCACCUAAUGGUUAAGAUACUAAAUAAAUAACUAAAAUAUAAACCAAACAUUUCUAAACUAUUUCUGUUACUUAGAGUAAACUUAGGAUUCAUAGUCAAUAAAUUUAACUCUUAAAAGUUCAUGAAACAGUCUGAAAAGCUGUUGGUCUAAAGAACUAAAGAAUAAGGAUUUAUUCUGUCAGAUAAGAUAACUUGGCUUCUGAAGCACAUAGAAAAACGGGAAACAUCUCAUUUUAACACAAAUUUCAUGAUUAGACAGAUUAGUACAUUGCUGAAUGCAUAAGAUGUCAUGAUCAGUCAUUUGUAUUCUUUCACCAAAGGAAUGCAGUCUUUAUCAGUGUAUGGUCGAGCAGGGUUUUACGACCGAGGUCUGGAGGUCAGUGUCCCCCCUUAUCCUGGGGUCCGUAUGUUCACACACUUUAAGACGCUAAAUCUCAAAUGGGAGAUCUGGGUUGAGACGUUAAUGUUUAUUUAGAUGGUCAGUAAUGGAGUCAGUUUGAAAGGUAAUAAAAACUCUGUCUCUGUUCGCCGAACUGACCAAUCCUGAAGAGUCAGAGGUUUAGUCAACCUAUGGUUGGGUCACUUAUUUAACCUGAAAGUGCAAACACGUCUGGAAAGAUUUAUAUCCUGUUUCCUGGGACCAGAUAAGGAAACUUUCCUGUAAGGAAUGUGUGGGUUUCACAUCCAGGGUUGUCUUGAUUGCUACACCUGUAACACUCACCUGUGUGAUGCCGACAUGUCCAGGUGCAGCAGAAGGACCUCACAGACGAGGCCAUAGCAAAAGCGGUGUGUAUGAAGGUGGGAGACUCACCGGGUGUGUCUUACUCGCACAUCGCAGCCAAAGCGUACGAAUGUGGACGCACCGAGCUCGCCAUCAAGGUGACGUCAUCUUGUUCUUUGUUUACUUUGUACUUUGUUUGUUCUUUGUUUUGUUUGUUUUUAAUUAAUCCUCGUUCGCUUUCUUCUGCAGUUGUUGGAUUUCGAGGCGCGCUCAGGCGAACAGGUCCCCCUCCUGCUGAAGAUGAAGAGGAGUCAGCUGGCGCUCAGUAAAGCCGUCGAGAGCGGAGACACCGAUCUAGGUGAGUCUCUUAAAGCUCCGCCCACUACCUUUGCGGUAGGUGGAUAAUGCCGUACUGAUGCAUCUUGUGUUUCAGUUUACACGGUGGUCACGUACCUGAAGAACGAGAUGAACAGAGGAGACUUCUUUAUGACGCUGAGGAACCAACCGGUCGCUCUUAGCCUCUACAGAAAGGUACAGAUUGGAUAAUCUGAGUCAGUUCAAUCUUCUGAUCAGUUUCUUGCCUGAUUUGUGUUUGCCUGUGUUAAUCAGUGUUAAAAAUUACUAAUCUGUGAUCAUCUCUGUGUUGUCAGUUCUGUAAACUGCAGGAACAGGACACACUGAAGGAUCUCUAUAACCAGGAUGACGAUCACCAGGAGCUGGCGAACUUUUACGUCACCGCCAGCUACAGAGAAAAGGUGAACGUACCUGAAUGACGACACCUGCGCCCUGUUCUGUGGUCUGACAGACAUCUGCUGAUUGGUAACGGUUUUGAUUUUUUGUCCCUCAGAGAUUAGAGAGCCGUCUGUCUCUACUGCAGUCGGCCGUGGACGAGUACAACAAAGCCAAAAACGAGUUCUCAGUGAAGGUAAAACUCAACACAAACAUUUAUGAUCAGAGUUUAUGUAAAUAUUCAUCCGUUUGAUAAUCUUGUUUCAGGCCACAGAGGACGAAAUACGUCUCCUUCGAUUCCAAAGAAGACUUGAUGAUGAAAAAGGGGCGGGGCUUCUAGGACUGUCCUUACAGGUAAGUUAAGGGGUGGGGCUCCUCAAACUGUCCUUACAGACAUUAAUGGUUGGGGCUCACAGAACUUUCUCUUGAGGUAUUUCUAAGGGGGCGGGGCUUACAGAACUACCAUUUCAGUAAUCUUAAUAAAAACGGAACUGCCCUUUCUAGUAUAGAAGAGGGGCGGGGCUUCUAGAACCUUCUCUUUAGUGAUGUAAUGCUGUGUUCCAGUUACCUUGGAAGUCGGAUGUUGGAGCUGGAAAUGAUGCUAUGCCCAAGUUGACGGCGUUCCAGUUAACAAGUCGGAAAACCAAGAUGGACGCCUACAGUUACCCGUUGUUAGCUGUUGUUUACAAUUGUCAGCUGUUAUUAGCCGUUGUCAGUUGUUGUUAGCGGUUGCCAGCUGUUGUUAGUUGUUGUUAGCUAAACAAGUUGUAAACAACGCACAACACAGUAUUUUACUCAUACAAACACCAUAGCACCAUGUUCACAGUUAGACGUUGGGCGUUACAACAUAAACCACUUAUUUAAUUUCACAAAAACAAAACAGAAGUGCUAAUAAAUAAUACAAUACAAGAGCUUUCACCGUUACUCGACUGCUAUCUUGGAAUAUUUCAGGGUCGGUGAUAAUCGUCAGACUUUCCAAUUCAGAAAUCCGACCGCAGGGGGGCGUUCCAGAUGAGUUUCCGGCUCGGAGCUUGGAAAUUCCGACUUCUGAGUACAACUGGGACACAGCAUAUGAAAAGGGGCGGGGCUUCAAGAACUAUCUCUUUAGUGAUAUUAGGAGAGGGGUUCUGGAACUGUCCCUUCAGUGACAUGAAAGGGGCAGGGCAUCUUGAACUGUCUUUGGAGGUUUGUUUAGGGGCGGGGCUUUUAGAGCUGUGCCUACCGGUAUAAUAAGGGGUAGCACUACCUGGAAUGUCACUCCAGGUACACAAAAAACGAGGUUAUGCUCUGUGAAAUGUUAAUACUCAGUUUUUUUAAAAAAUAGUUUUUCUAAGGUGGUAUGAUGUCCUUGUCUGCCUUGUGAUGUCAUUUCCUGUGUUCUUUUCCUCCAGGGAACCAUGGAGGCUCUUUUGGCUUUAGGACUUAACAAACAAGCAGAGCAGCUGUACAGGGACUUCAGAGUACCUGAUAAAAGGUGAGCUGUCAGGUGGUGAUGUCACUGCUCUCUCUGCUCUGAUUGGUUAAAGUCAGGCCCUCAGGGGAAUGAUUUAACACCUGUUUUAACCUCCUCACCUGUCCACUCGUCCGCCUCUGCAGGUAUUGGUGGUUGAAACUGAGGUCCUUGGCAGAAAAGGAAGAGUGGGAGGAGUUAGAGAAGUUCUCAAAGAGCAAGAAGUCACCUAUUGGCUACCUGGUGAGUCUAAACCCCGCCCACUUUCAAGUUCAGUUUCAUUCUGAAUGAAAUAAAACUGAACUUGAAAGAAUUUUUUUCCCAUGGUGCUUUGCUGCAGGCGUUUGUCGAAGUCUGCGUGAAGAGUAACAACAAGUACGAGGCCAAGAAGUACGUGUCAAAGGUGACCCCUGAGCAGAAGGUCAAAGCUCACCUGGCCAUCAGGUAAGACCCAGAAUACCCGUGACAUCAUGAAACAGGUGAAGGCCGACCGCUUAUGUAACCUCGUCUCCUCUCCACCGCAGUGACCUCGAGGGGGCAGCAGACGCUGCCAUCGAGCGCAAGAACGAAUCAGAGAUAGGGGUGGUGCUCUCGAGAUGCUCCACCAACGACCGCCUGCUGAUGGACAAGUUAAACCGCGCCAGAAACUCCAUCGCCAAAAAGUGA